ACACAGCUCCGUUCAUUAUCGUCCUUCAGCCGUGCACAACCACAAAGCCCACCGGCGUCGUCCUAAAGCAAUCCGGCGCCUGUUCGGGUGCCGCACGGAUCCUCGGUUUUUGUGUUUCGUGUACAAAGUAGUAGACAGAUCUUUUCAAGGGUGGGGCGGGGCAACCCAAGAAACUGAAUCUGAAGGGAGCGAGACAGAGAGAGAGAGAGAGAGAAAGAGAGAGAGAGAGGAGUAUAAGCUACAUCGAACGGGGCAAGGCGUGAAAACAUCCGGAGGGGGGAGGGGACGACUAUCGGUGACUAAGAGACGAAGACGGAGCUAGAGCUUUACGGCAUAGGGCGAUAUACCAUACGCACAACAUGUCGUUUCUCAAGGAGCUGACGGACAAGGGCGCGACCAUCGCCUGGAGCAACGUGGCCGCGCACCCGAGCCUCAUCGCGCUAGGCACCAAGGAUAGCGGCGGCGGGUCGGGCUUCGAGGACUACGGGGGGGAGCUGGAGCUGCACAAGCUCGACUUCUCCCAGGAGACGGACGCCGCGGGCGGCGGGGGCGGCGGUGCCGGCGCGGGGACGUUGCUCGGGAAGGUCAAGACAACCGCCCGCUUUGCCACCCUGGCGUGGUCGGAGAUGGCCACGAAGCAGGCGGACUAUCCCUACGGCCUGAUCGCCGGAGGCAUGGGAGACGGCACGGUCAACGUCUGGGACCCCGCCAAACUCGUGGCGAGCCACCCACAGCCGCAGGUGGCAUCCGUAGCGCGGCACUCCGGGCCCGUGACGGGCCUCGACUUCAACCCGCACAAGUCGUCGUCCCACCUCUUGGCCUCUGGCGGCGCGGACAGCGAGGUGUUCGUCAUGGGCCUCGAUCGCCCGGACGCUCCGACCGUCUUCGUACCGGGGCCCAAGCCCAACACGUCGAGGCACACGGCAGAGGUCACCAAGGUCUCAUGGAACUCGCAGGUGUGCCACAUCAUGGCGACCGCCGCCCAGAACGGGUCGUGCAUCGUUUGGGACCUCAAGCAGAAGAAGCCGUGGUGCGAGCUGAGGGACCCCAACCGGGCUCCGAUCACGGACGUUGCUUGGAACCCGGACCAAGGCCAGCAUCUCGUCACCGCCUCCGGGGACGACAAUAACCCGGUGCUCAAGCUGUGGGAUCUCCGGUCCUCGACAACCCUGCCGCUGGCCACCCUCUCGGGACACUCGGAGGGCGUCCUCUCCGUGGCGUGGUGCCCGUACGACGCGAGCCUGCUCAUGUCUUGUGCUAAGGACAACCGCACCCUCCUGUGGGACCUGUUCAGCCUCAAGCCUGUCUACGAACUCCCUCCCGGCGGGGGCGCGGAACUGCCGCAAGAAAACGCUCAGAUGUUCGGCGGGUACGGCAAGACGGCCCAGCGGCGGUACCAGGUGUCGUGGUCCCCCCACAUCCCCGCCGUGGUGAGCACGUGCUCCUUCGACCGCAAGGUCCAGCUGUUCAGCAUGAACGGCGCCAGCACCUCGAACGGCCGGGCUCCAAAGUGGCACCGCCGCCCCGCCGGAGCCUCGUUCGCGUUCGGCGGCCGCCUCGUCUCCUUCUCCGCGACCGGCGGGGACGCGGCGGCGGGGAACGCCGCCGUCGGCCAGCAGGGUGCCACCGCCGGCGGCGGCGGAAGCAAAACUGUGAAGAUAUCGUCGGUGAAAGAGGACGCCGCGUUCGUGGCCGCGUCGAGGCGGUUCGAGGAGGCCAUGGCGACCCAGGGGUUCCGCGGUUUCUGCCAGGAGAAGGAGGCCUCGGCCGCCACCGCGCACGAGCGUCGGGUGUGGCAGUUCAUGCAGGUCAUCUUCGAGAAGAACGCCCGGAACCAGCUCCUGGCGCACCUCGGCUUCGACGGGGAGACGGUGGCGAAGCAAGCCGCUGAGUUCGUGGCUGCGUCCGGCGGCCGCCAGGACAACGGUGGCUCGCUGCUGCCGCCACCGCCGCGUGCCACUUCUCCCAACGCCGGAGGCGGCAGCAUCCUGGACGAUGAGUCGGAGGGGGCGGGGGGUGACGGCAUCCCCGCAGAGUCGGAGCUGGCGGACGCGAUGGCCGGGGUGGACUUGGACGAAACGAAGUUCAGCAAGCCCGGCGGCGGCGGUUCGUUCUCCGGAGCACCACCUGGCGUUGUUGGAGGCGGCGCCGGGGCGGCGGGGAUGUCGAAUGGCCAGCCCCUGUCCAAGGAGGCGGAGGCGGUGAUCAAGAGGUCUCUGCUCGUGGGUAACUUCGAGGCGGCCGUGCAGUGCUGUAUGUCCACGGGGAACAUGGCAGACGCCAUGCUGUUGGCCAGCUGCGGGGGCGCGGAUCUAUGGGCCAAGACCCAAGCUCAGUACUUCGCGCGGGAGUCGCAUCAGCGACCCUUCCUCAAGGUGGUGAACGCCAUCAUAAAGUCCGAGCUGGGGGUCCUCGUGGACGCGAGCGAUCUCGGGCAGUGGCAGGAGACCCUGGCCAUCCUGUCCACGUACGCCAAGCAGGAGGAGUUCCCUACUCUGUGCGAGGCCUUGGCGUCGCGACUGGAGACGGAGGCCGGGGACCGCAAGUCGGCUAACCUCUGCUACAUGUGCGCUGUGAAGGUGCCCAAGACGGUGGAGAUGUGGGCGGAUGAGCUCAAGUCGGCCAACGCAGCCAUCAACGGGGGCACGGACACGAAGGCGCUCCAGGAGUUCGUGGAGAAGGUUUCGGUCUUUACCCAGGAACCGAACGACCCUCCCGGAGAGGAGGUAUCGGCCAUCUUCGCUGAGUACGCGGGCAUCCUGGCCAGUGAGGGUGAGACGGAGACGGCCUUCAAGUACAUCAAGGGGCAGGGCCAGAACGGCGCCGUUCUUCAGGACAGGCUUUACCACUCGGCGUCCCACGCGGCCGGUACCCCCGCCCCGCCUUUCCCCUUCGAGCGAGCGCGCGUCGGGGUUUCCCCCCAGAGCGUUGUCGGCGGCGGCAGCGGAGCGGGGAUGGGAAGAGGCGGGGCUAACGGCGCCGCGGCCGGUGGCGGUGGUGCCGGCUCUGCCCACAUUCGGUCUGACCUGCGAGGAAGCACGGUGGCGGGCGGGGGCGGUGACGCUCUCCCUCCGGGCUGGACGCAGAUGAUGGACCCCUCGCGGAAUAUCCCGUACUACUGCAACACGGCCACCGGCGAGACCCAGUGGGAGCGCCCCGCCCCGCCCCCGGCUGCCACCACCCGUGCCGUCCCUUCCCCGCACGCGCCGCGGAUGCCCCAGGCUACUUCUUCCCCGUACAAUCGCGCCAACCCCGCUGCCGCCGGCGCCGGCGCCGCGGCCUCCUUUCCCACUUCCCCUGUGAAGCCGGGGUACACCGGCCCGAUAUCGGCCUUAACCGCGGGGGGAGCGUCGUUCGGGCGCCACCAACCGCAGCAACAACCGCAGCAGCACCAGCAACGGCAGUACAGUAACCCCGUGGCGAGCGGCGGCGUCGCAGCCCCGUACGCUGGGCCCGGCGGGGCGACGGUGAUGAACGCGGGGCCCGGCGGAGGAGGAGGAGGAGGAGGAGGAGGAGGAGGAGGAGGAGCCUACCCCCCCGCCGCCGCGGGCGGGCUCGCGGGAGGGAUGUCGGCUUCUUCCUCUCCGUACCAGCAGGGUGGGUUCGUCGGAGGAGGGACCCCGGGCGGGGCGGGGGGUUACCCUGGAGGAGCGGGGUUCCCGGGUGACGCCGGCGGUAGCAACAGAAUGCGGCCGGGCGGUGGAGCGGGGGUAGGCCCCGGAGGGGCGCCUGGAGGCGCCGUGCACUCGCCGAUGAGGGGGAUGAGAGAAGGGGGCGGAGCCGGCGGGAUGAUGCCUUCUUCGUCUCCAUCCGCGCCGGGGGCGGCGGCGGCGGCGCCGACGUCGACCGCGUCGGCGGCUUCGUCCGUAGCGGCGGCAGCGGCGGCUGCGCCGCCGCCGUCCGACGCCGAGAGCCAGGCGGUGGUGUCGGCCCUGAACGACAUGCUGGGCGCCCUGAGCGAGGCCCCACUCAGCCCACCGGAGAAGAAGAUGCUUGGGGAUGUGACGAAGGCGGUGGGUAUUUUGUUCGGUAAGAUGGGACGCGGCCAGCUGGAGCAGGAGACGCUCGCGAAGGUUGGACACCUCGUGGAGAGUCUCCAGGCGCGCGACAUCAAGAGGGCCGGCGCGGUUCAGCAGGGGCUGGCGAACUCGGCGUGGGCGAGCCACAAGGACUGGCUCAAGGGGCUCAAGUACCUCACCACUCUGGUGUCAAGGAGGCUUGUUUGAUGCCCUGCCCUCUGUUUCUUGGUACACAAAGUUAUCCUCCCAUCUUUUUGGAGACAAAAGUAGCAGUACCGGUAGGAUGAUGGGUUGGAAAAAGAAUGGUCCAGUAACGAUGCGGUAGCGCAGCGCACCUCUUCGCCAUGUGUUUGGUAUCGUCUUCGUUGAUGAGGAACGCAGAGGGACAGGAAAUGGGAGGAAAAGAAAGUUGGGUCGCAACAGCAGUGAAGUGCUCCGUUCACCAGUUUGCUCGCUCACGGCGGGCGCCCCUUAAGGGUAUGGUUGGGUAUUUUCCUCCGCUUGAUACUUGAUCAUUUUUUCAGAUCUAUCUUUGCUGUGUCGCGGUGAUGCCUGUGGCAAACUGCUGUGCUCCGUGCCCACGUUGUCAAGAAUGUUUGGUUCGACGAGGGCACGUAAAACAAACUCUUUGCUUUUUGCUUUCGGCGAAACAGGUGUCGGGGGACGCGGGCGGAUGUCGUGUUUUUAUAUAGGUUUCGUUUUUUUUUUUUUUUGCUGUUUUUGUCGGUGGUGCUGGCGCGAUCGCUAUUCAGUUAGCUCUCUAGUAUCUUCUGCUCGCUCUCGGGCGUGAGAUUGAGGACACGUUGUGAAACCGUUCGCCUUUUUUUUUGCGGUGUUUCCUUUGGAAGUUGGGGAGGAUGACAUCCCCUCCACAACGUGGGUCAGCAAAGGGGACGCUUCCGCACGACGUAGCUUUUACAUUGUCCAGCUGCAAAGCAUGGAACGGCUGCAGUUGGCAGCGUCAGCGUCGGUGUGAGAGCUGCUGAGUUCCUCCCAACUACAGCAGUAGCACGCCGAGCGCGAGGGAGGGUCCCUGUUGCAUGGAGGAUGGGCACACUCGCUCAAACCUUUUGGAGCCGGCACGCUGCCUGCCGCCAUCUGU